AUGGGCCCAGCACGCUUCCACUGCGCCACGCUGCUGCGGUCUUUGGGAGAGUGGACGGCGCACAAGAUAGCGCGUAAGCAGCUGUCGGUUCUAAACAUCGAAUGUUUCGUUUUUCUUCAUUUUUUUCGUGUCGAAAUAAUAGUUUUUCAAUAACAUUUUUUUGAAAAAUAUAUCAUGAAAAAAAGGAAAAAAAGUAAUUGAAUUUCAGUUUUAGGAAUCACGCGAAGAAGGGUGGUUUUGUGAUCUUAUAUCCCGAUAUGGUUCAAAUUUUCGUAGUAAAAAUUCGGGUUCCAAGUUUUUUGAAGUUCAGCCUUUUCGUGAAAAAAGGAAAUUGUUACAAAAGUUUUUAGCACAUAGACCGAAAUUUAAGAGAAUUCUGUUACAGCUAAUUUAUUUUAUUUUUACUUGAUUAUAGUGACCGUCUGUUUGUAAAGUUCUCUUCUAAUAAUUUAAGAUUACUGUAGAUGACUUACUUCCUCUCCAGAUGGAUUACGGUGGGUAUUUCGCGCAACAAGCGGACGGCGCAGUCGCCAACGCCUUCCAACUCAACGCCAACUUCAUCGGCACCUCGACGGCCGCCGUCGCCACUCAGGGUUACGGUACCGGAGCUCAGUCACACAUUUAUCAACACUACGCCAAUCCUUACCUGACCGCAGCCGCUGGAAAUCGGUUAGUUGGAGUGUAUUUGCGUUGAUAAAAAUGACCGUGUUCGUCUUUAUCUGUUUUAUUUUUUCAUGGUGUGAAAAAGCUUCAAAGUUCGAAGCUCAUUUUUGUUAGGAAAAAUCGUGGUCUUCAGAAAUUGCCGUUGGCUUCAAAUUUUGGAAUUUAGAUAGCGCUUUGAAAUCUAACCUAGGACUAAAGUUUUAAUUUUUACUUUAGUCGAAAGUUAGGAGCCCAUUUUUUUUAUUUUUGAGAAAAAAAUACCCUUUCACUUGAUAUUAGUCAUCGGCCUCACAUGUUACGAGGUCACUAACCACACUUAUAAAAAAAAUAUUUCUAGAACUAGAGUUUCUAAAAGAUUUCUCGUCGAUCUUAUUUUGAUGCGUUGAAAACAGUAAAGGUCUAAUUUGAGUAAUUAUUUCAUGAGUUUUAGACUUUUUCAGAACUCUUCAAACCAGUCAAAACACGACCAGUUCCUCCUCAUCCGCCUCGACUUCCUACCGCCAAACAGCGACUCAUGAUCCUCUCCAGGCUUUUUUCAACACUGGUUAUCAACAUAAUUUAUUUUUCGAGCUGAUAAUUGUUGGUAAAGGGCUCCAGUAUCAGUUAUACCACAAGUCAACGCUGAUGGGGGCCACUUCCGACAGCAUAACUCGCAAUGGAAGUGGGGUCAUUGCCGGACUCCCUGGCUCUUCCUUAGUUGGUCUGUUUUUUCAGAGUUUUCGGAGAUCGAACAGUACGAAUAUAGAAUAUAGCCUCUCAAAAAGCGCCACGAAUAUAAAUAACAAAGAAAAAAGUUUUCCAAGAUUAACUCAAUUAAAAGGGUCUCCUUUUUUUUGUUUGCUACCGUAUGUUUUUUUUUUCGUAAGAAAAUGUUCGCCAUGGGAAUUUUCGGAUUUGUCACGAGUUAUGCAAACAAUGGACGAGAAGAAAAUUGGAUUGUUGAUUUCAUUUUUGAGACAAAAAAAGCUUGAGCGGUGGUUCUUUGGGAAAAAUAGAGAAAAAAAACGUUUCAUUUGAGAGGUGAGAAAGAAGGCCACGAGAAACUGAAUUUUUGCGCCCCACUUGGCUAACUUUUUUGGCGGAUCGACAAUGAAAAGUAUUUUAUAAUUGAAAAACCUAUUUGCUCAUAGUCGCAUUUGGCGCCUGACCCAAAACGGCUCUCGGUCUGUGAUAUCAGAAUGAAAAUCUAAAGGCAGCGCGACCGCGUCGCUUUGAACCAUUCAUAUUGCGACGCGGCCUUACUAGUUAGUUGUGAACUUGAGGAGGAGUCAAUACGUUUCUAUUUAUUUUUGAUAAUUUGUCCCUGCUUUGAAAUUUCGAUUUUUCAGUUUUCAAAAGAAAAUCCUUAAAUACGAAAAUACUACAUUCUAUUGUAUUUAUAGUCGAUUUGAACUGAUUUAAUAACAAUGAUUAAUUUCAUUCACAAAAGUAUCAUCGGUGAAAAAUCAGGAGACAAGGGAUGGACACAAAGACUGAGGUGAUUACACAGAUAACAACUCAGUUUUUUGGAUUAAAAAAACCGAAAAAAGGUAUAUUUGAUAAUUUUCAGGAGCUUUAUGUGGGGGAGGUGGCGGAGGGAAUCCGUCGGAACGGCGAAAGCAGCGGCGGAUCCGGACAACGUUCACCUCAAGUCAGCUGAAGGAACUUGAGCGAGUUUUCGCUGAGACUCGUUAUCCUGACAUUUACACCAGAGAAGACCUGGCUCUGAGGAUUGAGCUCACUGAGGCGAGGGUUCAGGUGAGACCUGGAAAAAGUCAGAUUCUGAUUCAUCCUGAGAAAGCUGAAGAAAUUUGAUGGAAAAUUCAAGUUGAUGCUUGUAAGAUUCGUGUUGAAAUGGUAAAUUAAAGAAAAAAAUAGGGUGGCUAUUUGAGAAGAAGAUCUUCAGAAUGGUUUAGAAAUCCCUGGAAAAGGAACUAAGUCAUUUCUUAUAGAUGCUUCUGAGGUAUCCCAAGGUCCAGACUGAAAUGACCGCUCUAGGAACUUUUAUAGGUAUCAUUCUCUUUUUUUCUUUUCCAUGGAAAGAAAAUAAUUGAAUGAAUAUUCUCUCAUAAGUGAUCACUUUAGGCACUUCUCAGGGAUCAAUCGAGGAGCCUUACUUCAAUUAACACUGUAAAUACUUCUAUGAAAGCUAUUAUAACUUUUAAAGCAUUUAGUACCUGAAUAGACUUGGUUAAUGUAGGAUUUAUUUAUAAUUUAGAAAUUUUUUCUAAGAGCUUUUACUUCUGGAAACCUGUUAACUAUAGGAUUUUUAUACAAUUCUGUAUUUUUUUUUCAUUUAAUUUAGCACUUGAAUAAAUUUCCAGGUUUGGUUCCAAAACCGGCGAGCAAAGCACAGAAAACAGGAAAAGGUGAGGCGAUCAAUGGAAGACGGCGAAAAAAAUGCGACGAAAUUGAUCCCGAGGAGGAAGCCAAGGCGAAAUCGCUUCUUGAUAAUAUCAUGGACCAAAUGUGA